AUGUCGCCCUUUGACCAUCUGCGCACGACCGCUGACUGCAACCAAGAGCUUGUCUCCUUCCCACCGCUUUCAUCGGAUGAACUGAACAUAUUGCAACGGGUAGAAGAUCAGCUUUUGGCUAUUGAUGAGGUGUUGGCGACAGACCUCGGCCAGCAGGAGCAGCAUUUGCCCGCUCGGGCUUCAAAAUCAGCCAAGGACACCCACACAGCCAAACUCGAUUCCAUCCGGUGCAAGCACGAGUCACAGUUCAAGACUCCUUACAGUGUUCCAGACUCCGUUACCGACCUGAAGACCCAUGACACCGCUUGGCUGGCGAUUCAAGAGCACAAACUUCAGCUCAUCUCCGGAGUUCCACUGCAAGGCUGGCACCCCCUCCCAAGUAUGGGCGAGGACGAUGCAGCUGCCGUUCAUCCCGAGGCCCCUCACCAGGCUGGCGCCAUCAUAGUUCGGCAUGUGCUCCCCCCCCUGCACCCCUUCAACACCCCCCUCCAGUGCUUGCUGGCCCCAGCCACCACCGGCAGCCUGUCCGCAGCCGGCCUGACUGCUGCUCCUGGCUUGCUGGGACCCUUCAGUGAUAUGCUUGGCCUCGCAGCGGAUGCAGCGGAUGGGGAGGACAUCCUGGACACUGUGCAGGAGUGGGGAUUGAUGUUCAAGGCGGCAGGAGGACAGCACCUGGCGUCUGACCAGUCAGCCUUCAACAGUCAUGCCAACCGCGUCAUCAACCACAACAUUGCGGCCGCUCAGGCAGCCACAGUGGAGUUUGAUGAGAUGCAGGACACCGAAGCAUGGGUGCAGGUGGCCGUGCAGGUGGCACAGCACUACAAGACAGCAUCCGAGGUGCAGCAGACCCAGAAGCAGCUCAACGACAUGUCACAGCUGUUGCCCUACAAGGAGGUCAUCCGCCUGGCGAGGGAUGUGCUGUGCCACCUGCAUGACCAGCUGCACCCAUGCUUCGGUGUCCUGCAUCUCGUCAAACUCCACUGCGGCCGCCUGAGCGGCCGCAAUGUUGUGGUUGAUGACACGGUUGGCAUGACUGUUGAAGGCUGA